GAAGCAGCAUUGGCUCCAGCGGUCAGUGUCCUCUCCUCGUGGCCGACGGCAGGAUGACGGUGCCCAGGUGGGAGCGCGUAGCCCGGCUGCUGCUCUGCGCGGCGGGGCUGGCGCUCUCUAUUUACGCCUGGCACGUGGAGACUUCCAAGGAGCACGACGCCGCCUACCGGGCUAUGUGCGACAUCAGCGCCGACAUCAGCUGCUCCCGGGUCUUCACCUCCAGGUGGGGUCGUGGUUUUGGCUUGGUGGCAGACCUUCUGGGACCUCACAGCCUCUUCAAUCAGCCAAACAGCAUUUUUGGGAUUAUUUUCUACAUUCUGCAGAUACUUCUGGGUUUCUUUCACCACAACCUGGCGGCCAUCGCUCUAGUGGGCUCUUCAUUUGUCUCCAUUGCUGGAUCUCUCUACUUGGCCUAUAUCCUUUUUUAUGUGCUCCACGACUUCUGUGUGAUUUGCAUCAGCACCUACAUCCUCAACUUUGCCCUCCUGUUUAUAAACUACAAGCGCCUGGGCUACCUCAACCAUCCACCCCCACCGAAGACAAAAGCCAAGAGGCACUGAACACCAUGUCCUUUUGGCCCUGGACAAUCCCUUGUUUUUGAAGAUGACCAAGUAGGCAGUUUAGACACCACCUUCAUUCUUCUUUGCCUAGGAGAUCAUGUUCGUCAGCAUGCCUCCCAUCAUCUUUCAGACUUCAAACAUGUCAGAAAUCAUACCUGAUUUCUAUUACCUGGAACUAAAAUGGAAGCUACCUUGCACGGUGCAAACCAAAAUUAAGCUGUUUUGAUUUUAACAACUUUUUAAGUGGCAUUUUUCCUUAGCUCUUUUAAAUUGUUUUAUGUAUGCUCGUUUUGUACAAUUACGGGUUAUCCUUGAUAACUUUAGACUUUAGAAAGGGGUAAAUGGAGGAGUUUUAUGAAUGGAUUAAGAUGUAGGAGAAGGUUUAAUAUAGGGGUAGAUAACAUCAAACAUAAUAUGGGCAACCAGGUCAUUAAUACUUGCCCUUUUUUCAUAUGCAUGGCACAUAUCACACGCAUGUAAAAAGAAGUAGGGUCUUAUCAUUCAGUUAUAUCUGCCGUUUUCAUGCUAUUCGACAUCCAUCUUAAGCAGAUGCCCUGCUUAAUAUCAACUUUUAAAGAUUUUGGACUAUGAUAUUAAAAGCGACUCCCCAUUGAAGAGGGGCUGCUUAAAUCAAUACCAUUUCACACUGAUGAUCAGGCCUGGUUUACUUUUCUCAUCAUUAUUUUCCUUUGCCUGGUUUUACGCCAUAUCAUUUGGCAAACUGAGUUCCCCAAAUAGCAGAUAGUGAUGCAUAACUGUGGAAAAAGAAUAGCGAGUUGCAGAUAAUUAUUUUUAUUAGAAAUAAAACACUUCACAUUGUAGGUAAAUUAAAACUUGAGACUGGUCUAGAUCCACAGCCCAAAUUAUUAUAUUCAAUGGAUUGUGAAACGAAGAUUAUAAACAGAUGCAAAGCCAUCUGUAAACAGUUACAAGUAGAUCUUAACUUAUGGUAUCAAUUGGGACUAGAAAUCUGGUUGUAAGUUGUUCCAUUCGUAAGCUGAAGUGUCCACAUCACCACUUUUCCCCUUUCAUUUUUUACUGUGGUUAUUAAGAAAAUCACCCGAGUUGUUAAGUGAAUCACAUAGUUAUUUUAAAAAGCCCAUUUUUCUGAAUUGCUAUUUUUUGCCUGAAACCAGCAAACAAAUAUUAUAAAUCAUGGUCAGAUGACUGGGACAUUGUAAAUGUAAAUACAAGCCAGUUUUUAAGAGAUCAGAGUGCGGUCACAUGACUUUGAGUGUGUGGGCACAUUUUACAAUACAGUAGCCAGAAGUUGUACAGGCCAUAAAGCACCCAUUAUAGGCUGUCAUAACGACUGGUUGUAAAACAACCAGUUGUAAAUCAAGGACUACCUGUAAUUUCUCCUGGUAAGAAGCAAACUCAAAAAUAAUUCUGUAUACAGAGAUGUUCUUGCAAAGCAAAAGUCCAGAGUUAACAAAAAUAAGGGGUCCUUGGUCCUCUCUGAGCUUGGUUGCUGCAGACAUUUAAUUACCAAAUUAGGUAAUUUCAUCAGUGCUUUGAACUGAUGAUGUUAUCUAGUUUGGGUCACGAAAUGUCUUCAAGAAAAUAACCAAGCUCAGAGAGCACCAAAGAUCCUUCAUUUCAACUCUGAGCUACAAAUAUUAUCCUUCGUUGGUAGCAAAAAUAAAUCCAAGAGCAUUGUUCUUCAGUUGUGAAUUUACAAAAAUUGAAUUAUGACAUAUUCAGCCAUUUAAAACAUAGCUAAUAUAUUAGACUUACAUUUUACAAAGGUAGUUUGGAUAACUAUUAUUUUAAACACUGAUUUUGAUUUUCUGUAUUGGGCACCAAAAGUUCCUGAGCCAUUUCUAUGUGUGACAAAAUAUAUUUGCCAGCCACCGGGCUAAUAUUUCAUUUUGUUUUAAUGGAAUCAGUUUCUAGCUUCUCAUUCCUGUUGCAGGAAGAGAAAGUUGGGCAGAAGGGACAUGCGGGUUCCCUUUUUGUACAUUAAAAUUAUGUUUAUAACAAGCAACACUUGUUCCCAUUCGUUUUUAGGUGAAAUAAUGGAAAGAUUUGAAACAAUGGAGGAAUUGUUCUCUCAGCUAGCAGCAGGGGACGCUGUUUUUCUAUUAAUGCAAGGAGCUCUGAAUUUAACUCUUUGUAAUGUUUUAUCCCAAAAAUAAAGACAACGAAGACAAAAAUCCA